CUCUUUCCAUUGAAUCCUAAGACCAAAAUAACUUUCAUUACCUGUCUUUGUUUUCUCAUCUUUCUAUAUUCUCUGCCUCUUCCUCUGGUUAUUCCCCAAUCUUCUCAAACCUUUCAGAGUUUAGUUUAUACAAACAGAGAUGACAAACCAGAAUGUGGUUGUGCCUAAUGCCAGAAAAGGUGUUGAUAUCACCAUCGCAAUGGCCCUGUCCAAGUCUCUGUUUUCACCUGUUGUGCCGAAGCCAUUGCCAGCUGCUCCUGGUGGUUAUUUCACAAUAUCCCGGAAGAUGUUCGCAAAGAAGACUGAAACUGGAGGCAAAACCAAUUUCUGGGCUGAUUCUAUGAGAGAUUCUUCACCUACCCGUGUCAAAUCCACUACGUCUUCAUCAGAAAUCGAGGAGAAAAAUAAUUGGAUUGUAAAUCAUCCUUCUGCUUUGAACAUGUUUGAGCAAAUAGUGAAUGUCUCAAAGGGAAAACAGAUUGUGAUGUUUUUAGAUUAUGAUGGUACACUGUCACCCAUUGUUGAAGAUCCUGACAGGGCAUUCAUGACCAACGAGAUGAGAGAAGCUGUUAGGGACGUCGCUAGAUACUUUCCCACAGCUAUAGUGACGGGGAGGUGUAGGGAUAAGGUGUACAGCUUCGUAAGAUUGGCAGGGCUUUACUACGCUGGUAGCCAUGGCAUGGACAUCAAGGGGCCGUCCAAGAAUGGUUGCAGAAACAAAAAAGAUUAUCAAGGUGUACUUUUUCAACCUGCCAGUGAGUUUUUACCCAUGAUUGAUGAGGUGUACAAUGUUUUGCUGGAGAGAAUAAAGUAUAUCCCAGGGGCUAGAGUAGAAGACAACAAAUUUUGCCUAUCCGUGCACUUUCGUUGUGUCGAGGAAAAGAUGUGGGCUGCAUUAGUAGAGCAAGUAAGAUCAGUUCUCAAUGGGUAUCCAAAACUUAGGUUAACUCAAGGGAGGAAGGUUUUAGAGAUCCGACCCACCAUUAAAUGGGACAAGGGCAAAGCUCUUGAGUUCUUGUUGGAAUCAUUAGGAUAUGCCAAUUCUACUGAUGUUUUACCAGUUUAUAUCGGAGAUGAUCGAACUGAUGAGGAUGCAUUCAAGGUUCUAAGAAACAGGGGACAAGGGCUUGGGAUUCUUGUUUCCAAAGUUCCCAAGGAAACAAAUGCCUCCUAUUCUCUACAAGAGCCAACGGAGGUUAAAGACUUUCUACGGCGUUUGGUUGAGUGGAAGCGAUCAACGUUACAAGGACAAAGUAGAGUGUAGAAAAUAUAGCAGAUGAAGUUGAUUCUACCCUAGCUAAAAGGUUGAGGGUGGAUUAAAAUAUGUAUUUUUCUCGUUUAUUUAGACAUUGUAAAUUGAUGGUAAAAAAAAAAAAGUGGAAUACAAGAAAUUCCAUAGUAGUGGAUCUC